GACAUUGACUGUACGAUGAAGUCAUUUUUUGCUGAAUACGCUGUUUAUUUUCGCUAAGAUUUUGCCGUAGGAUUUCGCAAUGAUUUUCAAGUGAAUUAUGAAAGAGAACUUCCUACAACUAGUCUAAUGUACUUAAAAUCAAAUAGAGAGCUGUAUCAUAUGUUAAAUUUUACAACUUUCCUUAACUUAAUAUUAAGUUUGAGCGGUAAAACUUUGUGUAGGUUAUGUAAGUGGUAUCCAUGCACCAUGAAGUUAGAUUGCUUUAUAAACGGGCGUCACGACGGGCGCCUGGCCAUUUCCCCUCGGGCUACGAUGUCGGAGGUUGCUAACGGUGACACAGUCGACAAAACUUGCUUGUUCGAUAUGGACGCCUGCUUCGAAACAUUUGAUAAGGAUGGCGACGGCAAACUGAACUUCGAGGAGUUCCGCCUGAUCUGCAAGGCUCUGUUCCGCAACGACAAAGGGCAUAUUUACCAGCUGGCGGAGGACCGCGCGCGUCACGUCUUCCAGGUGUUCGACAAGAAUGGAGACGGCUUCGUUGACAAGGAGGAGUUCACCUUCUGCUGGAACCAUUGGAUCAAAGUUAUAGUGCGUCCAGUGAGCGCGUUCUUGAUCGUGGACGUGCAGAACGACUUCAUAUCCGGGACCCUCAACAUCAGCAAGUGUAACGCACAGCAAGAUGGCAGCGAGGUGGUAGAACCAAUCAACAGAUUGCUGGAGUCGGUCCAGUUCGACUGCGUGUUCUACUCGUUGGACUGGCAUCCUCCUGAUCACGUGUCUUUUAUAGACAACGUGCAUAUGAGGGAACUCCAUCCUUCUUGUCCGAUACCGGCAGACAAAGCGCAAGCGUACGACACAGUGAUAUUCGCGGGCCCGCCGCCCAUGAAGCAGCGGUUGUGGCCGCGACAUUGUGUGCAGGACACGUGGGGCGCUGAGCUGCACAAGGAUCUCAAGGUAGUAGAGGGCGCCGUAAAAGUCUAUAAAGGGACAAACCCCGAGGUGGAUUCGUACUCGGUGUUCUGGGACAAUAAAAAGUUGACAGACACGAGUUUGAUCUCUCAGCUUCGGAUGAGAGGAGCAACCGAUAUCUUUAUAUGUGGGCUGGCCUACGAUGUCUGUGUGGGUGCGACAAUAGCUGAUGCCCUGGCGAUCGGCUACCGAGCCAUCCUCAUAGACGACGCCAGUCGAGGAGUAGAUUUGGCCGACAUUGAGAAGACCAAAGCUACUAUUGUGAACAAUAACGGAGUCAUCGUCAACUCUGAUGAGGUGAUAGCGAUGGUGGAGGGCCGCGACAGACGGCCGGAGCUGGGCUACAAACUAGCCAUGGAGCUGAAAAACGCAAUGGAAGACGGACAGCAGUGAACAUAUUAUAUGUUAUAGAUAUUUAUUUUAUCGUUUAUUGUUUUCCAGUGACAUAUGGGAUUAAUGAUCGUAUCCGAUUCUUAUGACACCCGGCAAAAUUAAAACGUCGCCAGAUUUUUCUUUUUUUUUUGUUUUGUUUUCAAUGUUAAACAUAACACAUAAACAUAUUAUUUGUUCAAUUGAGUAAAUCGAAAAUAAGUCACCAUCCCUAUUGUGUUCAUUGAAAUUUGAACUUUAUAGCGUCGACUGUAGGUGUUUUUUAGAAUAAAAGCAAAUUAGCCGGUCCUAGCUGGCUGUGAUGUAAAAAUAUGUCUACAGUGGACGAUUUAAAGCUCACUUUUCAGUGACAAUUAUUUUGCCGGGUGGAAACGGCUUUGACGUUAAUAUCUUAGGUUCUAAGUGGUAUGAUCGAAUCCUGCAGUUUUUAAGUUACUUUCAGUGAUACAACAGCGAAAAUCGCAUCAAAUUUAAUUUAGUAGUUUUCGCGAUAAAAACUUGAAAUAUAAUUUUGAGCUGGCCUCUCCUAAUUUUUUUCUUAAAUAGUCGUUGUAUAGACAUUUUAAUAUAUGGUACGAUUAUAUAUAUUUAUUAUAGGUUUUUUGGAUUCCUUUGUUACGUGAUAACCGUCCUAAUUUAACUAGAGAUAAAUAUUUGACCAGUUUAACCGCUUUUAAAAAAGUUGGUUUGUUGUACUUUAGUGCAAGGCAUAAUUACUUAUUUCGAGUAGAGUAUGAGCUUAGACCAUGAGAAGCAUUUAUAGUUUAAUUAAUAAUUAAUACUAUCAAGACGGAAAAGAAAGAAAGGAAAAAAAAGUGUUUAUUUUCUUUCUACAACAACUUUUCAAACAAGUACUUAGUUGUAUUAUUAAUUUCGUAAUAUUAUAUUAAUUAAGAUUUCACUAUAAUGUCCGCUAUUUCCAAUAAUAAUGCGGUCUUUUUAAUGUAAUAUCGCCUGUUAUAUUACUGUAUAUAUUACAUAAGAUUUGGUCAAAAAUUCGAUUUCUCUUUGAGUCCUUAUAUUUUUUCAUCUUAUUGACAUUUUUAUUAACAAAUUAGAUAUUUAUUUUUUUUUGAAACGUUUACUUUUACGCUGUUUAUUUGCGUCUUUUUUUAUUUAAAUGUAGAAACGAUAAAAAAUGUAGUAUAAAUUAUUAAUGUAAAGAUUAUGUACCUAAUUAAGAUAAAACUAAAAAAUAAUAUAUGCACAAAAACAUCUCUAUGUUACUAUUAUAUUCGAAACGGUUCGUUCCUUUAUUUCUAAAUAGUUACAAAACAUUAUUUACUAUGUGUUUAGUAAAAUAUUUAUUUAUUUAUCGCCCAGUAAAUGUAAGUAAACUAUAAAGGACGUGUCACGUAGUGCCAAGGUCCAUGUACGAAAAUGUUUGUACAAAAUAUUGAACUUAGAUAAAAAACUAAGGUCGCAUUUACACUAUCAACGUUUCAUAAGCUUUUUCUACUUUGAGCAUCUUUUCCAAAUACCAGACAAGAUUUUUCUUCAGUUUAUUGGGGCCUUUUGUAAUCCCAGAGAUGGCGCCGUAGCCUCAAAUGAUAAAAGUUUGCCGUGGUCAGGAAUAGCUGGCUUGCAUACCUACUCUUACAGACUGUUGUGGCAAAGGAUCAGCAGAACAGCAAGAAAUACCGCUGAAACACUCUAUAAAUAAUAUAAUCAAUUUAUCUGGUCGGCAGCAAAUGUCCAUAAAUACUUUUGGUAAACCUUAUUCCCUAGGAAUAAGGUUUAUAUUGUGUGUAUAGAGUUUUGCCGCUGGGUGUAAUAAAGAGUGAUGACAGCGUUUACAGCGUUCGCGUUUACAAAUACGACAGUAAGUUUGACUGGAAUUACAAUUAUUAAUUUAAUUUUAUAAAAUUUGACUAGUUGUAGGUACUUAAAAAUUACGUAACAACCAUCUAGUGUAAACGCGGUCUAACCUUAACAUAAUAUCUCAAUUUUAAACUAUAAUAGACAAGAAAUGUUGAGCUUUUUGUGUAAUAAUAUGUCUAUUAUCUGCAAGAAGACGUAUAAAAUUUAAAAAUAUACUAAAAUGGAGAAAUUAUUUCUUUAUUACGUCUGACAGACGUACUUGCGUCGUUUACGUCGCGAAACAUAUCUUUAGAUGAAGUUCGAGAUCUGAGAACAUAUCUUUAGAGAGUUCACACAUUUAUCGACGCGGAAUUUGCUUUAGCCGGUCACAAACGUUCGUUUUUUUCGUUUUGAGAUACGGAACAUUAAAAAGGACACGAAAGGUUUUACUGAACGGCUGAGGCCGAUUCUGUAUCGAGUGUGGGGACACCCUCAUAUGUUAUGUUGUUUAUUUAUGUUGUUUAUUGAAAUGUGAGCUUCACAGCGUAAAAAGUGGCGUAAGGAAAGUUGUUUCUUUCAUUUAUUGAUUUGUGUUAAUUUAUUUUGAUUUUAAUAUAGUCAACGCACAUCAACUUAAAUUUCCUACGUUUUUAAUGUUUACAGUUACACGUUCCUCAACGGAAAAAAUAUUUUUUGAUAUUUCAGUGCAUAGAACAAAAUAGUAUUACAUAUCCAAUCCACAUUAAGUGGCAAAAUAUGUUGUUAUUGGAUAACUAAAACCUCUACCGUGGAUUUAAGUGCAAAUAGAAAAUAGUAAUUUUGAAUAUCAUUUUUAUAAAAAAAAAAGUAUUAUCGCCUCAUAGACAUAGUCUGUCGAGAAAGUGAAGUAAAUAAAUAAAUAAAUACAUUUUUUUACCAUAGCAAUACCAAAUAGAAUGGUCAAUUAUUAGCUGAUAAACACCCAGUGUUGCCAGACACAGGAGACAGCAGCCUCAAUAAUUUUCUUCAUUCUCUGGCAGACUGUAGGUGAAUCGAGAAAACGGUAACCACACAUAUGGAUGAAGACGGUGGAUCUACAUGGAAUCAAGUCGCAUUCAUUACAUAAUCGGCCCCUAUUACCGCCACGCCACGUCUGUGGAGUAACAUGAUGUGCAGUUGACUGUACUUGCUAGUAAUCUCAGUAACUUCAUGACUUAAUUCAUUUUUAUUUUACUGAUAAAUUAUUUUUAUUUAUUGUAGUUUAGAUUGAUAAGCUACCUUGAAACUUUAUAUAUGUUUUAAUGUGAUUGUUCCAAUAAAAAAAAAUACAUGACAUAAUAUUGGAGUUGUGUGAUCGAAUAAUAUUUAUAACACUUAAAAAUACCGCCUUCAUAGAUAAAAUAGAAAAUCUCUUGUUUAAAGGGAUUGUGUUAUUGUGAAUCUUGAGCCGGGCCCACAGCGCGUGUUUUACCCUACACAAUGAUCAGAAACAUGUCAGCAUUCAACAAAAUCGUGUACACAAAAAUAUUGUUUCACUAAACAUUUUUGCUUACACAAAAUAUGUUUUUUGCUUUCCGUGCCCGGUGGAAAAUACAGACAAAUAAUACCUAACUCGUCAAGGUACUGUCAACUAAGUGUUGCCCACGGCGUUUGUGAGGAAAUAUGAAAGGUUUGUGUAUGUGUUUUUGUUGAUGUUGUCAAAAAACUUCCGCUGGAAACCCGGCUUUUCAAUGGCGCUUAUAGACCAUGAAAAUUUAGAAAAAUUAAUUGUUCAGUCAUUUUCUUUAUAUUGUAACUUUGGAUUAUUUGCCGUUUUAAUGCAUUUGUGUUAGUAUUAAGAAAUAAUUUUAAAGUAAAUUAUUAUAUGAAAAAUUGGUGCGCGAUGUAGGUAUAGCUUAUAAAUACUGGGUUCACAAAAUAUUGUAUUUUAUCGAUUUAUACACUCGAAUAUUUAAAAGUAAUUUUAAGCACAUAUAUAUAUAUAUAUCCUGAACUCUCAUGUUACGACUGGUCACAUAUAAAACCGUCUGAACAAAUCAUUCAAGGUUUCAAUCUUUAAAUUACAAUGAUUAGGACCCAUUUCAUAACUUCUCACAAGAAAUCAUAUUGUAAUCUGCCAGAUAAACUAACUGCCAGAUAAAUCGGAUUGAUGUGUUUUGCUAGUCACCCUGUCCAACUUGUGAAACACAAUUUUUACUCUUGUUUGAUAUUCAUUUAGAUUAUCUGUUAUCGACAACGCUUAAACAGACCCCAGUUGUCUUUGGUCAAUAUAUUUUUUAAAGACCGCGAGAGUUAGGAUAUACGCUUUUACAUAUUCGGGCGUACGUGGGUCGUAUGUACGUUUGCCUCACAGGUUAAAGAUUACUUCAAGGUGCUCACACAGCGUGUUAUAAAAUGUUAUAUAAAACUUGCUGUCUUUGAUACUCUUUUGUCUGAGACAACAAGUGUUAUAUAACAUUUUUCAACAUUUUGUGUUGGGAGCACCUUUAGUUUUAUAGACUAACUAGAUACCUCACCAAGUAUUGUAUGACCACACUUAUCCUAUGACGCACUAAGACAUUCCUGCUAGAUUAAAAAUUAAUAAUAAUUAAUAUUACUUAGUGAAAAUAAUUUAUUUCGAUCAAUAACUUAUUUAUUGUUAGCUGUGCAACACAAUUUAUUUUAGGUUCUCUAAAAACGUUAUGGAACCAAAACAAUAAUAUUUGAAGACGAUUCCUCGACGACCUCGGUGGCGCAGUGGGAAAAUGCUUGCCUCUGUACCAAGAGGUCCCGGGUUCUAUCCCCGGUCGGGUCAUGAUGGAAAAUGAUCUUUUUCUGAAUGGCCCGGGUCUUGGAUGUUUAUCUAUACCUAUAUGUAUAUGUUAUAAAAUAUAGUAUCGUUGAGUUAGUAAUCCCAUAACACAAGUUUCGAACUUACUUUGGGGCUAACUCUGUGCGAUUUGUCCUACUUAGUGUAUUUAUUUAUAUUUUAUUUAUUAUUCCUUACAAUCGUCAGACAGAGAAAACUAAACUAGUCACACUAUCAUUUCGAUAAUACAAGAAACGCGUAUUACGAACGAGUAAAUGCGACGGAAUGAUGUAAUUUGUCUCAUCGUAUGCCGGCUUUACAAGAGCAACCUACCGCGAUCUGUCGGGAUGCGUAUAUUGAAAUUCAAUAGUUCUGUCUCAUGUGGCUACGGUACACUUUCUAUAGUUUUCUAUGUCUUCGAUACGAGUUCCAGAGAGAUUAGCUUGUUUAAACUUAUGUAAAAACAGCAAAAUUAUAAUAGGUAGGAUAGAUAAAUUAACCUACUGUUACUGGCACAUGAAUUGUGAUAUGCGAAAAUAAUAUGAUAGAUAUGUGAUAGGCGAACAAGGUUCCUUUAUUUUGUAACAGCACGGAAUAAAGCAGUUUAUUUCA